AUGUUGGAGAGCCACACGAAGACCCAUGCGGAGAAAACUCAGCUCAAAUGUAAAAUAUGCGAUAAAGAGUUUUCCAAAAAUACCUCUCUUCUCAAACAUAUAAAGUUGCAUGGUUCGGAACGUCCAUACAAAUGGUCGAUUUGCGGAAAAGGUUUCUUAUCUGCGUACCCGCUCGCAAACCACACGCGUUCGGCUCACAGCGGUGAGCGACCAUUUACCUGCGACAUCUGUGGUCUAUCGUAUUUCACCGCUUCUCAUCUACAAGCACACAGGAAGACCCACACGUAUCUCGCACCAAAGCCGUUCAAAUGUGAUAUAUGCGAUGCAACAUAUAGCUACAAUUCUGACCUGAGGCGUCACAUGAAGAAACAUUUAAAAGAACGGUGUCUAAAAUGUUCCCGUUGUGGAAUGGAGUUUUCCUCGCAGGAAAAGCUAAACGAACAUUCAUGCAGGGAUCGAUCAUUCGAGUGUACGGAACAACCUGCUGUACUCAACGAGCACAUGGAAAUACCCACCGAUACGCAAAUCGACAGUGCGGCUUGUGUUGAUGGCGAACAGAGUAAUAAGACCAGCAAACCGAUGAAGCAGUGUGACAUCUGCGGAAAGUCCGUUACACUCAAAUCCUACUUAAGGCACAAAAAAUCCCACAUCGUCGUACGUCCAUUUGAAUGUGAGACAUGCGACAAAGUCUAUAAAACAGCCGGCGACUUGAUAAACCACAAGGAGACCCAUGCGGAGAAAAAACAGUUCAGAUGUAAAAUAUGUGCUAAAGAGUUUUCCAAAAAAGCCUUUCUCCUCAAACAUUUGAAGUGGCAUGGUUCGGAACGUCCAUUUAAAUGCUCGAUUUGCGGAAAAGGGUACUUAUAUUCGUACCCGCUCGCAGACCACAUGCGCUCGGUUCACAGCGAUGAGCGACCAUUUACGUGCGACAUCUGUGGUCUAUCGUAUUCCACAACUUCGCACCUUAGUGCUCACAAGAAGACCCACACGUAUCUCGCACCACAGCCGUUCAAAUGUGAUAUAUGCGAUGCAAAAUAUAGCUACAAAUGUGACCUGAGGCGUCACAUGAAGAGACAUUUAAAAUGUUCCCAAUGUGGAAUGGAGUUUACCUCUCAAGAAGAUCUAAACGAGCAUGAAUGCAGCGGUCGGCCAGUCAAGUGCACGGAACAACAAACUGAACUUAACAAGCACAUGGAAAUGCAAACCGAUAAACAAAUCGAAGACGCGAUGUUGGCUUCUGUUGAUGGCGAACAAAGUAAUAUGGCGUGUAACGCAGGCAUUCUCGAUAUUCACGCUAUAGAGAAAACGUUAGAUCAAAAUAGCAGCGAACCGAAGAAGGAGAAGUGUGUCAUUGGCGGAAAGUCCGUCACACUCAAAAGUUCAUUUAAAUGUGAGAUAUGUGGCAAAACCUACAAACGAGCCUACGGCUUAAAAAGCCACAAGGAGACUCAUACGGAGGAAGAACAAUUCAAAUGUAAAAUAUGCGAUAAAGAAUUUUCCCAAAAAAGCUUUCUUGCCAAACAUAUGAAGUGGCAUGGUUCGGAACGCCCAUUCAAAUGCUCGGUUUGCGGAAAAGGGUACUUAUAUGCGUACCCGCUCGUAUACCACAUGCGCUCAGCUCACAGCGAUGUGCGACCAUUUGCGUGCGACAUCUGCGGUUUAUCGUAUACUACAAGUACUUAUCUUAAAGCUCACAAGAAGAUCCACACGUAUCUCGAACCAAAGCCGUUCAAAUGUGAUAUAUGCGACGCAAAAUUUAGCUACAAUUCUUCCCUGAGGUUUCACAUGAAGAAACAUUUAAAAGAACGGUGUCUAAAAUGUUCCCAAUGUGGAAUGGAGUUUUCCUCCCAAGAAAAGCUAAACGAGCAUGAAUGCAGCGAUCGACCAUUCAAGUGUACGGAGCAAGCAACGGUACUCAACGAGCAUAUGGAACUGCACACCGAUAAACAAAUCGAGGACGCGAUGGUACCUCCUGUCGAUGGGGAACAAAGUAGCAAGGCGCAUACCGAAGAAAUUCCCGAUAGCCACGUUAUAGAGAAAACGUUAAAUCCGAAUAAAAGCAAACCGAUGAAGCAGUGUGACCUUUUAAAAUGUGACGACGCGAUGUUGGCUUCUGUUGAUGGCGAACAGAGUAAAAAGGCAAGCAAACCGAUGAGGCAGUGUGACAUUUGCGGAAAGUCCGUUACAUUCAAAUGCUACUCGAGGCACAAAAAAUCCCAUAGCGCCGAAUGUUCAUUUGAAUGUGAGAUAUGCGGCAAAACCUAUAAACAAGCAAAUUCCUUAAAGAGCCACAAGGAGACCCAUAUGGAGAAGGAACAGUUCAAAUGUAAAAUAUGCGCUAAAGGUUUUUUCAAACAAAGAUAUCUUAUCCAACAUAUGAAGUGGCAUGGUUCGGAACGUCCAUUUAAAUGCUCGAUUUGCGGAAAAGGGUACUUAUAUUCGUACCCGCUCACAAACCACGUACGCUCAGCUCACAGCGAUGAGCGACCAUUUACUUGCGACAUCUGUGGUUUAUCGUAUGUUACAUCUUCUCAUCUACAAGCACACAAGAAGAUCCAUACGUAUCUCGCACCAAAGCCGUUCAAAUGUGAUAUAUGCGAUGCAAAAUAUUGCCGCAAUUCUGACCUGAAGCGUCACAUGAAGAGUCAUUUAGAAGAACGGCGAUUGAAAUGUUCCAAAUGUAGAAUGGAGUUUUGCUCUCAGGGCAGUCUAAACGAGCAUUCAUGCAGAGAUCGAGCUUUCAAGACUACGGAACAACGAACUGCACUCAACAAGCAUAUGGAAAUGCACACCGAUAAAUAA